CGAGCGGCCCUGCGAUCCGGGAAGCCGGGGCAGAGGGAAGUGAGACGGGCCGUGAAGAUGGCGAUCUCCACCACGGUCUCGAGGCGGAUAAAGCGCAAGGCGCCCCGCGCCUUCCUCAAGCGCACCUUCAAGCAGAAGAAGCCGUGCCUCCGUCUGGAGACCUCCUGCGACCUCCUGAUCCAUUUGAAUUGCCUACUCUUUGUUCAGCGAUUGGCAGAAGAGUCCAGGACAAAUGCUUGUGAAAGUAAAUCUGGAGUUAUCAAAAAGGACCAUGUACUGGCUGCAGCAAAGGUAAUUCUGAAGAAGAGCAAAGGCUAGGUAUCAACAUGUGCUUGAGAACUAUAUGAUGUGUCAAGUCAUAACAGAACAUAAAAACACUUUGUAUAUAUCAGUUUAUAUUGUGUAUUAUUAAAACAUUGUAUAUGCAUUUUAUUUCUUUUAAGCAAUUAUGCUUUAUUCACUAAUGGCUUCUGAGUUUCUUUUGUGUUGCUGUAUUGUUGCUUAAUGUAUCAAAAAUGAAAUCAUAUGAAUAG